UGACACAUCUGAUCGAAUUGGAAAAUAUAUAUUUUUUGCCUAUCUACCGUUGUUAUAGAAACACAACGUUUUAUUUAUUAUUGUGUGGAAAACAAGCAAAAACACCGCCAAAAUGCCGAAGGUAAUAUUCCAGAAGUACAAGAAGGUGGAGGCCACCAUAGACCCGGACCGCUAUAAGGCAAAGUUCAAGGAGAUCGAAAAAGAACGUCAGUCCCAGGUGGAUACGGAUUUCUUUGAGGAGGAGGAAGCAUACUUCGAGGAGGAAAUGGGCGAUGUUGAGGAAAGUGAGUUCAGCUUGUCCGAAGGUGAGCCGGCCUUGAACAUUGGGAAGAUUGAUCUGUCCUUUCCGGAGACAACUGAGGAGUUCCAUGACAGUCCCCAGUGCUAUCCAGUAUCAUACUAUACGCUGUCGCCGAAGGAGCGACUGCUUCUGCUCUAUGCCGAGAAUUUCCGCAAGCAAUUGGUUCUCACCUAUCCAAAACGCCGGGCCAUGGUCCUGGCUUUGCCCAACGAAUGCCGAGUUCAGAAGUUCGUGUGCACCACCAUCAGGCCCACGGCGUUUAUUUACCCCGAACUCAUAUCCAGCAUUGAGGAAAUUGCCAAGUUUGUUGCAGAUUUCAUUCAGUACGAGCCACUGGAAGAUCAAAUAAAUUUGACAGACAGAGGAUACAGGGGCCAAGUGGGCAGUGCAUGUGGCAAGGACACUGGCUGGAUGGCUGGCUGGCUGGCUAGAUGGAGGAAAGUCUGGCAAAUGGAGGUCAACGACUGAAACUAGCACUAAUAUGUGCAAGCGUUUGAUAGCUCCAUUCGUUUUGUGUUAAUGUAAAAAGAAAUAAAACACCAAAAGAGGCAACAAAUAAAAAUAAGAACUCCGGAGAUAAAA